UCCAGAAGAAAGCCUGCCGAAGCCAGACUGAGCGACACACAGCCGACUGGCUUCAAAACGGAUUUACUGCAUCAAAUUCUUUUUUUUCUCCAACCCACUCACGCAACAUCGAUUUCUCUCCAUAGUCCUUCUCCCAUCCUGCCUAUCUUUGCAUCCAGGCUUCUUUAGUUCCUGACUUUUAUUUCUUUGCACCACCUUUCACUUCAGGUCGCUGUCACUUUAUGUUUCUCUCUGUGACAUCAGACACCUGCUUCGCCCUGGUUAACUCCUGCAGGCUCAGAGCAUUGUGGGGAAAGCUUUGGAGGCUCAGCUUCUCCCCGGGGUUUCUCCACUUUCUCUUUUCAUCCCACUCUCUAUAUUUUUAAUUCUUUCUCUCUUUUUGAUCAUCCUGUUGUCCUUCAACUCUUCUUUUAGUCUCUUCUUUCUUCUUCUACCUUCAUCCUUCAUCCUCUUGCUUUCCUUUUCCCCUCCUGCGUCGGUCACUCUACCUUCCUCUCCCUCGCUAUGCUCCAUUUUUCGACGCCCCUCUUUGCCCUACAUUUUUGUCUCUUUCUUCGCUGAUGCCUGUUUCUCUUUUCGUCUUUCUCUCAUCCGUCUUCCCGUCUCCUUUUGACAAUAUUGUGGAUUCUCAGAACAAAACUAUGUUUCUUGGGGAGGGAUACUUUGAUGUAAUUAUACAGUUUUACUUUGCCAGCAAGCGAUGUUGGUGUUCUUUUGUAACCUGGAUCAGCAUGUGACUCAAGAUUUAUGGCUGCAGGAAGCCGUCUUCUUUGAAUUUCACAUAAAGGAUUGAUUAAUUGGAUCAGCAGCUCCAAACCGAAGAGCAGAAUUUGAUAUUUUGUGAGGAUUUAUUGGACAGCAGGAUGGCCUAAUUGGUAGAAAAAUAAUCCCCCAGCCACAGAAGCCAGGCUUGAAUGUCUGUUUUGGGAAGCUUCCACCCUGCUGAAGUGUCCUCGAGCAACUUACUGAACCCUCUCCACCCACACGGGCUCUCGCCUGCCUUACAGGGAUCAUUGCAUAUCGCAUUGCACAAUGGUCACGGACUGUUUUUUUGGGGGGGUUAAAGGUCAUGACAUGAAUUGGACGGAUUGCUUACUAAGACCUGGACCACGAGCCGCUUCCUCAAGUCCUGAAGUAAUGCGUGUUUCAGCAAGCUUUAAGAGAGAGUGACUGGCAGUCUUGUGAUCAGUAGCGUGGAUUACUGUUCCAGAUACUGAACUUUCAGUUUUCAUCAUCUCUCGGUUGUUUUAGCGUUUGUUUCUUUUGUUGCAGAAGAAGGUCUGACCUCCAGAUCGGGUGCUGAGUCAGACUUUUGUGUGUUGUAGUGGCUGUUGGAGCAUUAAUGUAACGGACUGGUAUAUUCUCCCUGUGGGGAUACUUGCUGUGUCAUCAGAUUUUUACAGCACAAAGGAUAUUUGACAUCCUCUGUUUCCUCUCGCGGGGCUCUUUUCUUUUCUGGAGUUACCUACAGCCCUGGGACACUGGCUUUGAUUGAUUUUCUUCUUCUUCUAUUGAGUCUUGUGAGGUGGCUAAAAGUUGAGCAGUGGGUAUUAUCACCCCUAUAACAAAUGACGGCCCAGUUACUAGCACAGCAGCUCUCAAUUUCUAACGUUUUUGUGGACAUUUUAGGAUAGCCCUCUUAGAGUUUCCUUGGCUUAUUCAAGUUUAUAUACCAGUUUUUUUUUAUAGUUGUGUAAAGCCAGGUUAGGAUCCGGUCCUGGUCCUAUAGGCUCUAUGCUGUUUUCGGGGCCCAGCAGGUUUGUCUGGGCCCUGUGGCCAGACUUUGUACCGGCCCCCCUACAAAACAAAUGGAGAACAGCGGCUGCAUCCCUCUUUGCUGGAGCAAGGGGGCCUGCAUCUACGCACAGCACCCCCUACCAAAAUAUGACGGCCAGUUAGCCCCCGCAGGAGGAUCUGAAUCAGGCAUGGCGUCGUCUUCCUACUUGGAACCCAACCUCAAUCACUCCGCGGCGGGUGGUUGUGGGGUUAAAUCCCGGUCUGGGAUUUCUGGUGGUACCGGUGUUGGUACCAGUGGCUCUGCUGGAGGCCUUGAGCGGCCCUCGGGCUCCAUGGACCGGGUUCUGAAGAUCUUCCAUUAUUUUGAGACGAACAGCGAGCCAUGCACCUGGGCUAGUAACAUCAGGCAUGGAGAUGCUACAGACGUCAGGGGUGUUAUCCAGAAGAUAGCAGAGAUCCACAAAUUGCGCUGUGUGUCCUCUCUGGGCCUCCGUCUGACCCAUCUGCACUCUGAUGCACUCCAUUGGUUACACCCCGAUUUGGGCGUGUGUCACGUCAGAGAGAAAUAUGAGAAACAGCACCCCCAAGAGGAGUGGAGGUAUGAGUUGCGGAUGCGAUACCUUCCUAAAGGUUACCUCAGCCAUUUCUCUGAGGACAAACCCUCUCUUAACUACCUCUAUCACCAGGUAAAGAGUGACUACAUGCAACAUCUAGCUGAUCAGGUGGAUCAAGAAGUUGCUCUGAAACUGGGCUGUUUGGAAAUUAGGAGGUUCUUCAGAGAGAUGCCAGGCAACGCCCUGGAUAAGAAAUCCAAUUAUGAACUAUUAGAGAAAGACGUUGGUUUGAGGAGGUUCUUCCCCAAAAGCCUGCUGGACUCCCUCAAGGCGAAGACUCUUCGUAAGCAGAUCCAGCAGACCUUUAAGCAGUUUGCUAACCUCAACGAUGAGCAGAGCAUCCACAAGUUCUUUGAGAUACUCUCUCCCAUCUAUCACUUUGACAAAGAGUGCUUCAAAUGUGCUUUGGGGUCUAGUUGGGUAAUAUCAGUGGAGUUAGCUAUUGGACCAGAAGAAGGAAUCAGCUACCUCACAGAUAAGGGCUCAAUGCCUACACACUUAGCUAACUUUAACCAGGUUCAGUCCAUCCAGUACUCUGCUUUGGAAGAGAAGGACAGGAAAGGCAUGUUGCAGCUCAACGUAGCUGGAGCUCCAGAGCCCCUCACAGUCACCACGGCAUUGCUGACUACGGCAGAAAACAUGGCUGACUUGAUUGACGGCUACUGUCGACUCGUCUCCUCAGCUACUCACUCCUUCAUUGUCAGAGUCCACAAAGAGGGGGACAGAGCUCUGCCGUCCAUCCCCAAAGUAUCAAAUCAUGAGAGGCGGAUGGAAAAACGUAUGGAAGGAGUACGGACCCGAGCUGUUUGUGUCUCAGGUCAAACUAGUGGCGAUGAAACGGACGACUAUGCUGAGAUCAUAGAUGAGGAGGACACCUACACGAUGCCUUCAAAAUACUAUGGACUAGAUCAAGCACGGGACUAUGAGAUUCAGCGAGAUUGCAUCGAGCUGGGACGCUGCAUAGGUGAGGGUCAGUUUGGAGACGUCCACCAAGGAGUCUACAUCAGCCCGGAGAACCCAGCCCUGUCCGUGGCAGUGAAGACGUGUAAGAACUCAACGUCCGACAGCGUCAGGGAAAAGUUUCUCCAAGAAGCACUGACCAUGCGUCAGUUUGACCACCCCCACAUUGUAAAGCUGAUGGGUGUCAUCACAGAUAACCCAGUCUGGAUCAUCAUGGAGCUCUGCACGCUCGGAGAGUUACGGUCAUUUCUCCAGGUGAGGAAGUACAGUCUCGACUUGGCCACUCUCAUCCUGUACUCGUACCAGCUCAGCACGGCACUGGCAUAUCUGGAGAGCAAGCGCUUUGUGCACAGGGACAUCGCUGCUCGGAACGUGUUGGUGUCUACAGUCGACUGUGUGAAACUUGGGGACUUUGGUUUGUCUCGAUACAUGGAAGAUAGCUCGUAUUAUAAAGCAUCUAAAGGUAAACUGCCUAUUAAAUGGAUGGCUCCAGAAUCCAUCAACUUCAGGCGAUUUACCACAGCCAGUGACGUCUGGAUGUUUGGCGUCUGCAUGUGGGAGAUCCUAAUGUUCGGUAUCAAGCCUUUCCAGGGUGUGAAGAACAACGACGUCAUCGGCAGGAUAGAGAACGGCGAGCGACUGGCGAUGCCCCCUCAGUGCCCUCCUACUCUCUACAGCUUGAUGACAAAGUGUUGGUCGUAUGAUCCCAGCAAGAGGCCGCGCUUCACUGAACUCAAAACACAGCUGAGCACUAUAUUAGAGGAGGAGAAGCUCCAGCAGAAGGAAAGGAGCAGGAUGGAGAUGAGGAGACAGGUCACUGUUUCAUGGGACUCUGGAGGGUCUGAUGACGCACCACCAAAGCCCAGCCGUUGUCCCUCCCUGCAGCCCACAUUCAGUCUGGAUUGUCUGUCUGCUCCUUCGCCUCGCCAACAUUGCCAUCAAAAUGAGCGCUUUGCCUCACAGCUUUCCCUCUGCUUUGGAAACCCUCAUCCUUUGUCUCCCUUCACCUCUUCUCACCAACCCACUCCUCCACUCUACACAUCAUCUCUGCAAUUUCCCCAUCACUUUUCCUCUCCUCCCCAUCCUCAGCCUCAAUCGCCUCCUCUUCAAAGUAUCCCUUUCUACAAUAGCUCUUUCUCUCAGUACAGCACUAAGUUCAAAUCUCAAUCCAAAGCCUGCUUGUCCCUACAGUCAGAGACUAACUUCUACCAGCCACCUCACAGCAGUUCAGAGAGCCUGUCCAAUGGCAGCUGCCCCCACAAGACAAAUCCCCCUACUAACGGCCACCUGCUCUGCUCAUCCCAGCUAAAGUCAAACAACUCACACUCCUAUCCCUGGCACCCACUCCUUUACCAGUCUAGUCCUAACCUUAACUCUCUGCCCCACAGAUUGACACAAAUGUGUCCCCACACCCUCCAAAUCAUCCAGCCCAAGUCAAACUCUAAUCCUAAAACUCUGCUGUUGCGCAGUUUUCACAGUAGCUGCCAAACUAAUCCCAGUACCCCAGUACAACCUGACGCAGACCCCCAGCACCAGCACCCUGCUGUGCAGUCAUGCGGGAGGCCCCCGCUGGUCUCUCCAGCCCCCCUCUCACUACCCUCUGCCUGCACCCUGUCCUCCACUCACCACCAUCCACUCGGUGGAAUGCCAAGCCUCCCUGUAACCACCAGUACACCUUUUCUCGUCUCUUGCUCGGAAAGACACGCGUGUAGACCCUUGAAGCCUAGUAGACCAGGCUAUCCCAGUCCUCGCUCGAGUGAAGGUUUUUAUCCCAGUCCCCAACAUCCUGGACACUACCAGAUGGCAGGGUACCCCGGCCCUCACACGCUCCCCUCGGUGCCCAGCGCCCUGUACCCCCCACAGGCUGCGAUGCUGGACACGCACCACGCGCACACACACCCCCGCCACCACGUCCACACACACUCGCACGCACAGCACCUUCCCCAUCCACAUGGGCACGACAUGGCACUAUGGGGCUCUGCGAUGGAGGACAGGGCAGUAGACAUGCAGCAGUGUGUAGGCCAGCAGUGCCUGUUAAUGGAGGAACAGCUGAUGAUACAACAACAGCAGAUGGAGGAGGACCAGAGGUGGCUGGAGCAGGAGGAAAGGCUGCUGAAACCAGACUCUAGAAGUUCUAGAGGGAGUCUGGACAGAGAAGACGGUGGACUCCAACCACCGACAGGAAACCAGCACAUAUACCAGCCUGUUGGAAAACCAGAGCAUGCAGCGCCCCCAAAGAAGCCCCCUCGACCUGGAGCCCAGGGCCAAGUGGGCAGUCUGUCCUGUCUAAAUACGGGAGACAGUUACAACGAUGGAGUGAAGCCCUGGCGGCUGCAGCCCCAAGAGAUAAGCCCGCCCCCCACGGCCAAUCUGGACCGCUCCAACGACAAGGUGUACGAGAACGUGACGGGAUUGGUCAAAGCCGUGAUCGAGAUGUCGAGCAAGAUUCAACCGGCUCCUCCAGAGGAAUACGUUCCCAUGGUCAAGGACGUGGGUCUGGCGUUGAGGACGUUAUUGGCCACAGUGGAUGAGACUCUACCACAACUUCCAGCCAGUACACACAGAGAGAUCGAGAUGGCACAGAAACUUCUGAACUCUGACUUGGCCGAGCUGAUUGGGAAGAUGAAGUUAGCCCAACAAUAUGUGAUGACCAGUCUCCAGCAGGACUAUAAGAAGCAGAUGUUGACGGCGGCUCACGCUCUCGCAGUUGAUGCCAAAAACCUUCUGGAUGUCAUCGACCAAUCGCGGCUCAAGAUGAUGUCCCAGUCCCGCCCACACUAGCCCCGCGGACGGCUGAGCUGACCAACGGGAAACUGGUCUUUUAUCAUCACUUUGGUUACCGUUUAGCAAUGGAGAAUCAUGACAUGUGAGAGUUGUGUAAGCUGACUGCUUUACAUCAAAGGAGAAAAACAACGACAACAGCCUGUGAAGAAUCGUUAGAUGUCGUAUCCUUUGGAAGCCGAGGACGCCUCUCCACCACUGUGACUUUCCUAAUACAAGAACAGAGCAAAAACACUUCCUGAAUCGAGGACCUGGCAGCUUCUCUCUCUUUGGCCUGUAAUAUAAUGACGAGAGGAGGAAAGUCAAAGAGGAAGUGUUGGGAUUUUUAGAAUAUGGGUCUAGACCUCAGAUGAGCCGGAUUCCUGAGAUCCCGGGAUUAAAAGGUUUUAAAACCCUCCGAGAGAAACACUAUCAUGGGUGUGAUUAGAUCUGGAACUGUCGACAUCAGGUGGAUUUGUCUUAUCGGGAUAACACUCUUAAGCAAAGCCAUCAGAACCUGAUCAGACUGUGUUUGAUCUGCAACAUAUCGGCAUGAAAGUUCACUGUGGAAAUGGACUCAGACGUCAGCCAGCAGCCAUCAUCAAUACAUUUGUUGAUAUUAUGUGUCGUGACCCCUGGAUGUGAACUUAAUCCCCACAUCCCCAUGGAUUCCUUUGAAUGGGCAGAUCAAACCACAUGUUAUCUGUUCAGCUCUGGUCACGUGCGUUGCUUUGAUUGGAUUCUUCAGCAAGGACAGUCACAGUAAAGACGGCGUUGGUUUGAAGAAGCAGCCUCUUCCAUCCAUUCCCGUCUUUCCUCCGUCUCACCGUGUUUUAUUUAUAGACUCAGAAAUUGCAGAGGAGGAGAAGGAGGGAGAGACGGAGGGAGAGACGGGUAUUAAAACUGGAGGACAGUCUAGCACCGGUCUGCUGCCUGAAGAAAGAACACGCCUUUUUUUUCUCUAUUUCACACACUUUUCUUUUGUUUUCCCUCUUCCUGUCCUUCGUGAAGUCUUCCUCAACUCCUCUCUGAGCCAGUUUUAAAGACUCCAAAUGUGAAGAAUCCAACUCUGUCUGGGUAAACACCGCAGACAGGAAACUCCCUUCUCUUUUUAGUUAACCCUUUUAUCGGCUGGCUCCAUGUUUCUUUGUGUUGGUUCAGCAGUCACAAUCUUCUUCCUCUUUACUGAACACUUAGAAUACAAGCAGAUAUUCAAUCCCAGCACUGACUCUGAUGAGCAAAAACAAAACAAAACAAACGAAGGUGGGUUUUGAGGAUUUACUUGGUGUAACUGGAUAUUUCCUGUUUGUCCCAGAGGAAGAGAAGGACAUCAUGUCUCAGACUGGUCACUGAGCUUGACUGAGCCUAUUUCUGUGAGGACAGUGUCUCGUCUCCUUUCUUUCUCCUCACCUACAGUCCUGAUAGCGUUCAGUUGUUCCUCAUACAAGACUGGUGUCACGCCUUUAACUGUCCCCUCACCCACCGGUGUCACAAAGUGAAUUUACUGGGGAGACAAACAAACCUCACAACUGGAACCUCUGUGCUUUGAGUCCCAUUUUUUGUCAGGUGUAACUCUUUAAAUAUGUCCCUCCAACCAACAGUCCCCAGGGACACACACACACACACACACACACACACACGUGGAGCCACAUGACUGGAGCUUGUCCUGCAGACACAAAACACUGAAAAUACAGCAGAUCACACGUGUCUUUGUUGAUAGUGACCCCACAUGGAGUAUGACAUACUGCUAUAUGAAAUAUACUGGUGACUGUACUAGUAUAGCAUGAUAUACAGGUAUGGAGAAGAGCAUAUUUGCACUGCACCAAAAAAAACAAACCUAACUUUUUUUAACCCUAUUUAACCCAGAUUUGAUUUCCAGGUUUAGCCAGCAAUGAACUUUCAAAUAUCUGGGUUUUAUAGGGAUUAAAAAAAUGUAAAAAACAAUCUAUUUUAUCUUGUCGUUGUGUAAAUCGGCUCAUGUUGGUAUAUUGUAAGCUAUACUGGUGUGAAUCACUGGUGAAUUGUACAGAACUAGUACUAGUAAACACUGGUUUUUAUUUUGUCUUCUGGGCUAAGUCAGCCAUCUUGUCAAAUAGGAGGAGAAAAAAAUGAAAUAAAAAAAAUGACGAAAAGGAAA